AUUUGGAGCACCGCGUCCGGGCCAAUUCAUUAGAGACGCCAUCGACGAGGCCGAGAAUCUAAGAACGGAACGCUAAGCAUGGAUCGACAGACGCGAAGAGCGAACUUUAAAAACUUGCAGCAAGAGUCCAAAAAGCUUCGAACGACGCGCAGCAGCAAGGCAGCAGCAGCCUCCAACACAUCCACACUAUCCUCCUUCUUUGCUACACCACCCGAAAGAGUCGGAACAGAGGAUGACACAGAAAAUCGCUGUCGAGAGGAUGUACUACCAGCAGCAGCCGCUGCUGAGGUGGCUGCCGCGGAACCACGAAUCAGGCCAAUACGCAAUAGCAAUGUCUUUGAACCACCGGGUCCAAAGCCCAAAAAGGCGCCCAAGCUGAAGGGCAGCAGCAGCAGUUCGAGUGCUCCACGCCGGGGACGCGGUCGCAGCAAGCAACAGCCGAGCAUUAGCAAUUUCCUGCGGAAUGAGCAGAUCUUCGCCGAGGUAACUGCACAGCAUUGCAUGGCGGAUAACUUCAGUCCAGAUGAUAUUGAAAUGGCGCUGGCGCUAUCCAAAUCGGAGGCUGAGAAGCACGGGCACCUGCGUUUGAAUGACGAUGACGAUGCGCCCGUCGAUGUGGUGGGCGACAAUGCUGGAGCAGCCACAGAGAACGUUCGACGUAGGCUACAGAAGUACGGCUUUCGCACAGCCGCCAAGGAAGACUACAACAGCUUGGCGGUGCUGCCCGGCGUCUCCGGCAGGGGUAGUCGUCGCUGCAAAUGGGCCAACAAAUUCACUCCCCUCACGCUGCGUAAUCCCGAGCUGCAGCAAAAGAAGCUGGAGGACAAGGUGUCUGCUUUUUUGGCUCAACAAGUGCGAACGAAAGAGCUCAGUGAGGAGGAACGUUUAAUGCCACCCUAUAAGCUAAUUAGUUUUGUGCUCCGAGAACUGCAAACCGACAGCCAGUCUGCCAUUGUACAUGAGCCCUGUGAAGGUCCAGUUGGGGAUAUAGGCAUCUACUUUGUAUCCAAUUUGAUUGAAGUAAGUCACACGCCUGCCCAUCAUUUGCUCAAGGACUGGGCUGCCAUACAGGGCCGUGACUUGUCCCCAGAGCGAAUUAGUACGAAAACCCGCCAGCAGAUUAAGCAAAUGGCAAUCGCCUACAAUGAGCUGGAAAAGCAUUACGAAAAUCAGCAACAAGUUGAAGAGGAACUCGAUGAACUGGAGAAGCUGCUGGUGGAGAACCUGAGCGAAGAGGAAGAAGAGCCUAAGGUAGAGGUCUCCUCCACUGGCAGCAGUCCAUUGAAGGAGCCGCCAGAUAAGCGUGCCAAAAUGGUUGAAGAUGUAAACCCAGAAGACCUCAAGCCCAGCAGUCUUCCCCCACAAGCAACAGCGCGCUGUGUGUCACCCGAUCUGUUUGCCGACUCUGACGAUGAGCCAGUGGAAGAACCAAAGGAAAAUCAGGAGUUUUCUUUGAAAGUUUAUAAGAACAUAACCACAAGCGAUAGUGCGAGUCCAGUGACAGAAGUGGAGGGUACACACAACCAGGAACCAGCAAUUUGCUCAGAAGUUUAUUCCAUUUCAAGCGAUGAAGUUAAAACUGUAAGCGACGCUACACCUGAGCAGUUGGAUACUAAAGAACAUUCCACGCCAGAAUUCGAUGAGCCAAAGGCAUAUCUCAGCACGGAUAUCUUGAGCAUUAGUCAAGCAUUUGAAUCAGGCAAUCUCAACUGCAGUCCGGCUAUGGAUUCAAGUUGCCAAAAGGAUAAACUUGCACUGAGUGCCACAGACAAGGAGUCGGAGAAUUCAUCGUUCACAGCUCCAAAUGACACGAAUCCCAGCUGCAGCUUUAGUGAUUUGAACUUUUCGCGAAGCUCUUUUAGAAGAAGCGUCAGCCUGUCCACGGAUAACAGCUUCAAGAGUCCCUUAAACUGGAAAAUGAACUCAUCCUCCGAGCAGCCUGCACUGUCUGCUGCUUCACCCUUCAGCAUGCAGUCGGAUGCAAGCAUCGAUCUGACCCAAAACGAUGAAAGCGAUGAAGACAAUGAUGUGAUCAUGCUCUCCGAUGAGGAAAUUAAUUACUCCAUCUGGAAGGCCAACAAAACGGGAAAGCUCAAUAACUGGGAUAAUCAGAGCUCCGACAGUAGUCCUGGCUCCUCACCCGUAGCCAAAAAGCGAGCUGUGCCCUACUUUAAGACUGAAGAAGACUUGGAUGCCUACCUAAUGGCUUCGCCCACAAUCUCGAAUAAGUCGCAAAAUUCACGCUCGCCGAAUAAGAGCGCUCUGAGCAGGGAGCGUGCAGAGUUUGGGAUACUUGAUGCGGCACACUCUGAGCCCUUUACGCUCUCGCAAAUAAUGAGCCCCGCCAGAAAUGAGUUACCAGAAUCGCACAGCGAUAUAAACUGGUCAGAGGCAUCCUUCCUUGAUGCCCCCAUCAAGCCUUUAUCGCGCAAGAGUAGCCAUAAAUUUGAUGAUUUGCUUGUCACGCAGGACGACGAUUUGUUUGCUGAUGAAUUCGAUGAUUUUGAUCAGUUGGUUUUUCCAAACUGCAAGGAAUCAACCAUUGAGGCGAGCACAGAUACGAUGCCAAGCGGUCUGGAUCGUCUGCUGACGGCUGAAAUCCGAAUGCCAACGUUGCCGGAACUUUCAACGCCCAAAAAGGUAACAUCAAUGGGUGAAAGCAGAGAGCCUACGUUGCCUGCCAUUACAACGCCCAGAAAGUCAUCAUCUACAGAGCCUGAACAGUUGGAGGUCAAUGGAAAUGUGUACACCGUUCGUGUUUGUCAUACGCCCAAGCCCGAUUUCACACUAAUGCCAGAGUCAGAGAUCCUUCAGCAGCUGUACAAUUAUGGAAUUAAGCCGCUGAAGCGAAAACAGGCCGUGAAAAUGCUUGAAUUUAUCUACAAUCAAACUCAUCCCAUUAUGCAGCCCGUGGAGGCAAAACUGUUGGCUCAGGACCCUAUGCCACGCUCCAAAUCCACACCCGUGAUGUCGGAGAAACCUCGCACCCGACUGUUAGAUUCAGCCAACGAUGAAGCCUGUCUGACGCCUACAGAACCCAUUUUGGAGUUCAAAUUCAACACCGAAGCCUCUGGGCAGGAUUUGCUACGCUUCUCGCAGUCCGUGCCGCUCAGCCUAAGCGACAAUUUUGAGUUCUAUGUGCUGCAGACGAAUGUGUCCAAGAAGACGGCCCAACCGCUGGUGCCGCUCCACAUCGCCUGGCACAAUCUUCUGUGUGCCAAUCCCAAGCUUCAUGAGAGUGUGCUGAUGUACGAGCCCAUUGAUCUGCAGGAAGUUUACUUGCAUCUGAAGCAAAUGGGUCAUCGGUAUGAGCCCAAGGACUUGAAGUGUUUCUUCGAUCGUCGCUGCAUUAUAUUUCGGUAUGAGCUGGCGGCACCCGCCAAGCAAGCGGAGCGACAUGUGAGAAAGAAACCAAGAAAGGCGACGACCAAGAGGUCAUAGCUGCCAGCAUUCCAUUGCACUUAUUCCUAGAAAAACAUUUAUAAUUAAUUAUUAUUUGACACUUUGUUAUUGGGCGCCCUUUGCCCGUUUAAAUUAUGCUCUCUAAAAUUUAUAAAUUCAAAACAAAUCUGUUAUAAUUAUUAAUGAUUCGAAAUAAUGAUCGAUAUCUUACGGAAAUGUA